GUGUGAGAGGGCGUGGAUUGAAUGUGGCGCUCUGGAAAAUUCGAUGAAUUAUCAAGUUAAAAGCAAACGUCUUGAAAUAAAUGAUGAAGGGACCAAUGCCAGGAAUACAACUCUAGUAGUGUCGCACUUUAUUGUUCAGAAUGUUCGCAGGACAUGCUACUGAGGAGAUGGGCCAUAGGUGAGUCCUUUCUGCCCAAGUGGUGGGAUAGGGCUUGGAUCAUUACACACCACCGUUGCUUCAGUCUACUGUCACUGUCAACAUCCCAGGAUAUAACAGGUUAUGUCCGGUCAGGUUUAUGAGAAUGGCUGGCACCAUGUGGGAAACAAUGACCAGGGCUCUCUUGACUUCAAGGCCUUCAAACCUCAACAGUAAAAAGUGACUGCAGUGGAUGGUGAUCUUAUUAUCUCAGUUAUACAGAGAUCUCUUUAAUUGUGUGCAUGUUGGAGGGUUCAAUCAAUUACGUUUAUUGAACUCAGGAUCUGAGUGCCUUAGACUGCUGCGCCACACGGGAGCCCAAGUAACAUAACUAUGUAGGUCUAGGCUAGAUCAUCAAUCUACUCAUAUUGUCAUUGGAUGUAUGGGGAGUUUGUGUUUACUGUGCAAGAAUGUACACGUCUGGAGCUGCAUAGGCUAUGUCCUGAUAUGAAGUGGUGGACAAAGUUUGUUGGAUACGUUUUCAUCCACGUACCUUCACAUUUCUUAUUUUUCAGUAGAACAAAGGUGAAACAUCGAUGGGGCCAAAAUAAGGUGAGUAGUAUACACAACACCUAACAAAUAGAACACCUAUGAUAGUAAUAUACACAUUUCUAAGAGUGCCACAAACUGCUGAGCCAUAUGGUGUUAGAUUUCAGGGAUGGAUGGCGAAGGCUUCUUCCCAUACAGCCACAACAACAGCAGUGAGCAGGCAUACAGACCAGACCAGGGCACUUACCUUGCCAGAGAGAGAGAUUAGGGUUUAGGAAGUGGAGCAGGACAUUGAGAUGACAUGGCUAAAUUUAACGCAGUGCCCAGUGAAUGAUGGGUAUAAAUCGCUGACAGGAAGGAUUCCAGCUCCAGGUUGCAUGCAUCUUUAGUGACUGCAUGUCACUGAGAACACUGUCAACACAACACCACAUCACUGGAAGCACUGUCAACACAACACAGCACAUCACUGGAAGCACUGUCAACACAACACUGCACAUCACUGGAAGCACUGUCAAUACAACACUACACAUCACUGGAAGCACUGUCAACACAACACUGCACAUCACUAGAAGCACUGUCAAUACAACACUGCACAUCACUGGAAGCACUGUCAAUACAACACUGCACAUCACUGGAAGCACUGUCAAUACAACACUGCACAUCACCGGAAGCACUGUCAACACAACACUGCACAUCACUGGAAGCACUGUCAAUACAACACUGCACAUCACUGGAAGCACUGUCAACACAACACUGCACAUCACUGGAAGCACUGUCAAUACAACACUGCACAUCACUGGAAGCACUGGCAAUACAACACUGCACAUCACUGAGAACACUGUCAAGGCAACACUGCACAUCACUGGAAGCACUGUCAAUACAACACUGCACAUCACUGAGAACACUGUCAAGGCAACACUGCACAUCACUGGAAGCACUGUCAAUACAACACUGCACAUCACUGAGAACACUGUCAAGGCAACACUACACAUCACUGGAAGCACUGUCAAUACAACACUGCACAUCACUGGAAGCACUGUCAAUACAACACUGCACAUCACUGAGAACACUGUCAAGGCAACACUGCACAUCACUGAGAACACUGUCAAUACAACACUGCACAUCACUGAGAACACUGUCAAGGCAACACUGCACAUCACUGGAAGCACUGUCAAUACAACACUGCACAUCACUGAGAACACUGUCAAGGCAACACUACACAUCACUGGAAGCACUGUCAAUGCAACACUGCACAUCACUGAGAACACUGUCAAGGCAAGACUACACAUCACUGGAAGCACUGUCAUAACAACACUGCACAUCACUGAGAACACUGUCAAGGCAACACUACACAUCACUGGAAGCACUGUCAAUACAACACUGCACAUCACUGGAAGCACUGUCAAUACAACACUGCACAUCACUGGAAGCACUGUCAAUACAACACUGCACAUCACUGAGAACACUGUCAAGGCAACACUACACAUCACUGGAAGCACUGUCAAUACAACACUGCACAUCACUGGAAGCACUGUCAAUACAACACUGCACAUCACUGGAAGCACUGUCAAUACAACACUGCACAUCACUGAGAACACUGUCAAGGCAACACUACACAUCACUGGAAGCACUGUCAAGGCAACACUGCACGUCAUCGUCAAUAUAACACAAAUCUGUCUUUUCUUUAUACAGUGACUAGUUUAAAUUGUGCGUCAUGCAUACUGGGCAUUCAUUGCACACAAAUUGCCACCAGCUGUCUAUGAUGCAAAUAUGGAAUGGCCUGUAUAGGAUUUGCCUUAUAUAUUGGUAUUACAAUAAAGAAAUAGGAAUAUUCAUGUGUUAUAGGCAUUACCAUAUUAAAUGAAUCUUCCAUUACAAUUGAUUGAGAUCAUAGUUCUUACUGCACUACGCUCACUGCAUAUGUAUUGCAUUGAUUUGAUCUUGGUUCAGGUAGUACAUUAUAUACCAGUAGCAGGGGGAGGAACCUGAACCUGGCCUCAACCUGGUAAACCCUCACAUCAUUGGCCUCCUGCUUCUGUUCCAAGUGUUACUUUGUGCUGUGUUGUUUAGUCUGGGUAUCUACUGACUGAGAGGAGACCAGAUCUCUGAUCAGUACUCCUGCAUGUACCAUGUCUCCUCAGAGAACACAUUAGCCUAGACUGUACCAUGGUAAAUAAUAGUUUUAAACUAGUAAAAACGGACUUCUUCCAGACAGAAUAGAUCCUGUAGGUUCAGACUUACUCGUCAACCAAUUUUUUGUUGUCUCAUGGGUUUAAUAAUCAACACAUACAACUCCCAUGAUGCUCUGUGGCGUAACCCCAAUACAACUUAAUACACAACAC